AUGGAGCUUGAAGGUCGGCGUUCUGAUUCCGACUACUACAGUCGAUUUGAGUAUGAUAUUUAUGAGGAAAAAUUGAUUGAUGUCAAAGAUGCUGAUUGGCUGUGCAUUUGCGGGAAUCCUUACAAUCCGGAUCUGUAUGUCUAUUGUCAGAUAUGCAAAUCAAGGUUCCAUCCAUCUUGUACCAACAUUGAUGCAAAGAGUUCAUGCAUUAUUUUUUGUGAUAACUGCAAGAACUCUCCUAGCCAGGAGCAAGCUGCGGACAAGCGCUUUGAAAGGUAUCUCAAGUUCCCGAGGAUGCACAAAGAUAUCAAAAAGGAGAAGGCCCUUAGAUAA